GAAACAGAAAGUAUUUUCUGCCCUUUUAAAGCAAUAAUAACGUGUAGUCGUUAAGAUCCCAAUUAAGUGUCACGUUCAUCAAGGACGACUUGUUUACCCGGACACUAUGGCUUUGAAAAGAAUACAGAAGGAGCUUCAUGACUUGCAAAAGGAUCCUCCUGCACAGUGCUCAGCUGGACCUGUUGGGGAGGACUUGUUCCACUGGCAGGCAACAAUAAUGGGACCAGGUGAUAGUCCAUACCAAGGGGGCGUCUUCUUUCUCACAAUCCACUUUCCCACAGAUUACCCCUUCAAGCCACCUAAGGUAGCAUUUACUACAAAAAUUUAUCAUCCAAACAUAAACAGUAAUGGAAGUAUUUGCUUAGACAUCUUGAGAUCACAGUGGUCCCCUGCAUUAACGGUAUCUAAAGUUCUGUUGUCCAUAUGUUCAUUGCUUUGUGACCCAAACCCCGAUGACCCCCUUGUUCCAGACAUAGCACACAUCUACAAAACAGACAAAGAAAAAUACAACAGACUAGCAAGAGAUUGGACCCAAAAGUAUGCAAUGUGAGAACUUAACGAUUUUUUUUAAGUCAUAAAUCACUGUAAGUUCUAGCAUCUAAGAAGUAAACCUAGGUUCUACUAUUAAAAAAAAAAUCAUACUGUUAACAUUUGCCGUCUGAAAUCACCACUGUUAAUAGAUGAACUAGGAUGUUUGAGGGGGGAUGUGCUUCACUACGUAGUAACCGUGGUUUUAUUGAUUUUAUGCACUUUUUUUCAUUCCCACCCUUUUGUUUUUAGCACUUUCUGUUUUCUUGUGUCAUGAAUUAUUCAUAAAUACUAUUUAAAUUUGGCAAGAAACCAUAAUGCUGCAAAAUAAGCAGGUUAAGGGAAAUUAGUAAAUAACGUUUUUUUUUUUCA